CUUAACUUGCCUGUGGUGUUCAACAUGUUGUUGGCCAGUCUUAGCCAAACACAUACAAAGACGUUCAAAACUGAUGUAUUGAAGAUGUUUUGGAGUGACAAAAUAAAAUUACAAACAAAUGCAUGGAUAAUGAAGAGGCAUCAAAAUAAAAUAUUCACUCCUGCAAAAGUAAAUCUGAUGUUAAUUGCAAAGUUAAUUCCAAAGAAAACACCGCAAAUAUUGUUAGAUAUCACUGGCCCCAAUUGUCCGGCUACGCUGCAGGCAGUAAUCAGGCAUUUUUGGAAUGUUUACUAUUGUUCGUCUGACCGGCGGCGAUGAUCAUCAAGCACUUUGAUGUGCCAGAGUUGUAACUCCUUCUGUGUCCUCCCUCCAUGCUUCGUCGACGCGUCCAUUUCACGUUGGAUCCAACGUGAAACUUUGGACCUUCAACAAUGAUUGAAUAUUCAAGUGACACACCUCCCAAAUAGACCAAUCAGCACUCAAUGAGAACCACACAUGGUUAACGCAGAGGGCGCAAUUUAUAUUCCUUGAGUCAGUCGAGUUUCGUUGCGGCUGGCCAUAAGCUGACACUGGUAAAAGUCUGCGCGUUUGUGCUUCGCGAAGCAGUUUUAUCUUUCAGAAAUUACCAAGUACGUAUCUUCCAGCAAUGACUUCAAGUCUCACUGCACCAAGAUUAAACCUUAAUGAACCCAAGUGGGAUCAGUCAACAUAUCUUGGACGAGCAAAGCAUUUCUUUACUGUCACAAAUCCUCUGAAUGUUUUCCUGACAAAUCAUCAACUAGAUGAGGCAAAGAAGAUCGUUGAAGCUUACAAGCGUGGUCAAUUACCUAAUGCCACCGAAGCCCAACUAUGGCAAGCCAAGUACCGCUAUGAUUCAGCUUUCCAUCCAGACACUAAGGAAAAGAUGUUCUUGAUUGGAAGAAUGUCUGCACAGGUCCCUAUGAAUAUGACCAUCACUGGCUGCAUGCUGACAUUUUACAGAACCACACCAGCUGUUUUCUUCUGGCAAUGGUUUAAUCAGUCCUUCAAUGCAAUUGUCAACUAUACCAACCGAAGUGGAGACUCGCCAGUAUCAAACAGCCAGCUUGGUUUAUCCUAUGCCCUGGCAACCACUGGUGCAGUUACAACAGCUGUGGGUUUGAAUAGUGUAGUGAAGAAAGCUCCUGUGAUAGUUGGCCGCUUUGUGCCUUUCAUUGCCGUAGCUGCAGCUAACUGCAUCAACAUUCCGAUGAUGAGGAAACAAGAGCUACAGCAGGGUAUCCCAGUGUUUGAUGAGGAGGGCAACAGGAUAGGAGAAUCAAAGGUCGCUGCUCGCAAAGCUAUUCUGCAAGUUGUUUUCUCCAGGAUAUGUAUGGCUGUACCUGGCAUGAGUAUACCGCCAGUAAUCAUUCAUCGGUUGGAACAGGGUGGCUUCUUGAAACGAUAUCCAUUCAUGAAUGCACCAAUACAAGUGACUCUCGUAGGCGUGAUGUUAGUUUUUGCAACACCGAUGUGCUGUGCUCUCUUUCCUCAGAAAAGCUCCAUUGGAUCCAAUCGAUUAGAACCUGAACUACGAGCAACCAUCAAGCAAAGUGGUGGCAGUAUUGAUAGGGUCUACUUCAACAAGGGUUUGUGAUAUCUGACAUUUAGGUCAUCCUGAUAUUGAGUAUUCUUCCUUGGCAAGUUAUUGCUUAGUUAAUGGUUUCUGUAUACAGUGUAUUAAAAACACCACACACCCCAUGGCCGUCCAAUACUACAUUUUAUUGUACAAUACCUUUUUAAAGUUCAUGUAGAAAGGUAUUCCUCGAAGUCACUGAUGAGGAUGUACAUGUAGCAUUGCUGAUAUUAUCUCAGUUCACUGUAUGUGCAACUGGUAUCAGUCAUGUUCAGACACAUUUGCCUAUUAUUGGCGUGUACGUAUGUGUAACAUGAAUGCGCUCAAGUUUAGGCAUAGAUUUAUCAGGCUUCAAAUUCACAUCUUUGCUGCUGUAGGCCUAUGAAUUGUGUGCUUCAUUUAUGUAAAAUUCCAGGUGAAUGUUGGUGAAAUUUUAAAUUUAUGAUAUUUGGAAAGCCAAAUAUAGUAAUGGUAAGAGACCAGGAUGUGUUGAAUCUGAAAGAUUCACGCAGCAACUCUGACAGUCAACAAGAAUCCAAACACAUACAGAAAUGAAUGGUCUUGAAUUUUGUAUUUGAUGGUGAAUUGUGGGGGUUUCAGAGUUAUCGGAAGUCAGUAACUGUGGCACUUCAGUUACUGGUAAUGCUUUUAACCUGAAUCGUGGCUGGAUUUGUAAUUAGAAGGAUGACGGUGUAAUACGGUUUUGCUUCUGCAAGCUUCUCAAGCUUGCUAAUUUUACUGUUAUGUGUCCAAAAUGCUUUUAAUCUGAAUCAUGGCUGGAUUUGUAAUUAGAAGGAUGACGGUGUAAUACGGUUUUGCUUCUGCAAGCUUCUCAAGCUUGCCAAUUUUACUGUCGUUGUGUCCAAAUGGACAUGACUUGUUUCUGACAGAGUAGUAUUGAGUUUCUGUUGUAUACAUCUUGGGGUAUGUUACAUUGCCGUGUAUAUAUGUAUUUAGCCGUAUGUAUUUAUGAUUGGUAUGGCUGUACCGGUCUUUUUUUGUUCUUGUUUUAACCUGAAAAGAGCUGGGGAGGGAUUCUGUCUCUACAUUUUUCUAAUGUCACUGCAGAGUGUUUUUUCAUGAACCAAGUUGGGGGGGGGGUAGAGUGGUGAACCCCCCCACCAGCUGUGAGGUGGUUAAAAAUACCCUGGCUCUUUUAUAGGGAAAAGACACUAAAUUAGUAAUUUCUACAGGCAUGGCCAAUUUAAAUCAAAGGAUUAGAAUUCCAGCUUUAAAAUUGUUAAACCACCACAUGGUUGUGUUCGUUAUGACAGAUUCAGUGCUGGUAAUCUUGGACUUACUAUAUGUUUGUGGCUACUUUAUGAAAUUUGAGAACUUAUAUUGUUUUAAAGUAUGGCAGUUUUUAAAUAUCAAUAUUACUUAUGUACAUCAGACAAGGAGGUUUUGUCAAAUGCAGUAGGUUGUAUAAGGCCACUUAUGUAUUUAUUCAUACCAAAAACAUGCUGCACGUGCAACAUCUUGAAAAUAAAUGAAUCCAGUAAUCAAUGUACUGAACAUGUAGAUUGCUAAACAAGCUUGAUGAGUGUUAUAAACUAUGAGUGAAUUAAAAUUCAGAACCUUGUUCAUUUU